UGAUUCUGACUGAUACAUUAAAAAUGACCAAUUUUAUACGUUAGCUUUUGAAAAAUAUUUACGAUAAAAUAUUCAUUGAUUAGUUUCUCCUCAUUCAAUCAAUCAUUGAUCAUACCAAUAAUGGGUAUGAAUAAAAUUCAGAUCGGACAUUAGCAUAUUGUAGACUUUUAAGGUAUUAAGUUUCAUUAUUGAGAUUGCAAAUCUGGAAUCAAUUUAAGGUUAACUAGAACAGUUAACAUUAGCAAUUAAUUAGGGAAAAUCAAAUGUGUUAUUGCCACAAAAUUGGCUUCAAUUUUACAGUUUGCUGAAUAUCUAUUCACUAGUUCAGGCCUAAUUUAGGCCUAACAUAUUGUAUGAAAUGUUGACCCUUAACUUGAUUUUUGUUUAUUAUUUUGUAUUUACUUCCAUCUUAAUUAGUCCAUCCUCAGCACUUUACUAUCAAAAAUAUUACGUUUCGGAAAAAUGUACUUCGGUGGAGAAACCAGAACCGAUACAAUUAACUGACGCUGCUGGUGGAUCAGCUGUAUAUUUUGAGUUACCAAACAAAGAUGGACCUUUGAUUAGACUAACACAAGCAUGUGUGAUCGUAGUCCAAUCAUCACCUGGUCAUGGACUUGUACUUCAUCCAAUCGCACUAGAUUUGACUCAAUUUUCUGGAAGCAUUACGAUCUAUCAAUUGCAUUUAUCUCAUGCAGAUUCUCAUACUAUUUUUGAUUUAAAUAAUUCCUUUAACUCCAGUGAUGAUCAUGUAGUCGAAUCAGUGCCUUUGAAUGUUUUACCCGGAGAUAAUCAAACUAUUGUGCUAUUCUCAUUUCAACCCAAUUCUAAUCAAACAAAUUGGAACCAAUUGUCUUUUGAAUUUCUGGUAACUUCUUUCAUAUAUGCGAUUGAUGCUUGAUUUGACAACAGCAAAUAUUGAUUUGAUUGGACAGGGAUCAAGAUUAUAAUCAAUUAACUGUCAUUUUAAAGUCUGAUGUAUUCAGGUUUGAUCAAAAAUAAGUGUAAACAUUUCAUUCCUUUCCUUUUCAUUCUGAUUGGAGCAUCAAUCAAUUUUGAUAAAAUAUUCAAUCUUUUUACUCAAUUAAUUGUGAGUAACAAUAAUUGAUAACUUACUUCAUUAGGUUCAAAAUUAACGGAAGUUAAUAGCAUUUCCAAGCAAGUUUCAGAUCAUUUAAGAAAUAAAAUCAACGUUGAGUUUAGUGGUGAUCAUUAAUGGUCAAAAUGAAA